AUGCGCAGAGUUUUAUAUAUUAUCGCAAUUGUUCUCAUUACAUGUACAUUUGUAGCUACCAAGGAACCUCCCACAAAGCUUCAAAUUGGUAUCAAGAAUAGAGUGCCGGAAGGCCAAUGCAGCAAAAAAGCCUCAGAUGGAGAUCAAGUAUCAGUACAUUAUAGAGGAACUCUCUUUGAGGACGGUACAGAAUUUGAUUCUAGUCACAAACGAAACGAACCUCUCAAAUUCACACUUGGUGUCGGUCAAGUGAUCAAAGGGUGGGAUCGAGGAAUCCGUGGCAUGUGCGUUGGAGAAAAAAGAAAACUCAUCAUUCCAGCCGACUUAGCAUAUGGUGAUCGCGGAGCUCCUCCUUCCAUUCCUGCAAACGCGGCUUUGGUAUUUGACGUUGAAUUGGUUGCCAUAGGACCAAACAGGGCAGAACUGUAA